ACUUUCGUUAAAACAAAAGGCACAUAUUUGAUUUCAUGAUUUGAUUUUAGUUCGCGCGAUUUAUUAUUAUUUGCAUUAAUUUAUGUUUACAAAAUAAACAAGAAUUAAUAAAAAUGCCUGAAUAUAUGAUAAACAAUAUACCUGUAAAUUUUCCUUUUGAACCAUACGAUGUUCAAAAGGCUUUCAUGGAAAAAGUUAUUGAAUCUCUUAAAACAAGUACCAAUGCGGUCUUGGAAUCCCCAACUGGAACUGGUAAAACUUUAAGCUUAUUAUGUUCCUCCUUGGCAUGGGUUUUAUCUAAAAAAGCAGAGUUGCAAAUUCAAGGGGAAAGAGAAAAAACCCAAGACAAUUUCAAUCCACAAACAUCUCAAAUUACAGUUGAGGAUAUUCUAGCUAAAAUAAACGAACCAGCGCGUAAAAAACCUGGCGGCGGCUGGGGUGUACCCAAAAUAAUUUACGCAUCUCGCACACAUUCCCAAUUGACACAAGCAAUGAAGGAAUUGAAGCAAACUUCUUACGCCUUCGUAAGAGCAGUUGUCUUGGGUUCUCGUGAUCAGUUGUGUAUUCACCCAGAAGUUAUGAAGGAGCAAGGAAACUCCAAUAAAGUACAAAUGUGUAAAGUGCGGGUUCAGACAAAGUCUUGUAGCUUUUACUCGCGGGUAGAAUCAAAAAAAGACUCACCUGAAUUCCGCGAGCAAUCAGUAAUGGAUGUUGAAGAUCUCAUUACUACCGGCAGGAAGCUUAAAGUAUGCCCGUACUAUUCUUCAAAAGAGCUUGUCGACAAUGCAGAUAUCACAUUCAUGCCAUAUAACUAUUUGCUCGAUCCCAAAGCUCGAAAAGCAAACAAGGUUAACUUGGACAAUACCAUUGUGAUUCUAGAUGAAGCUCACAAUGUUGAAAGUCUUUGUGAAGAAUCUGCAUCGGUUAUGAUUAAGUCUUCCGACAUUGCGCUAGCUAUUGAUGAUGUGACACACAUCAUGAAAGCAAUGAGUGAAGACCUUCUGGGUGAAGUCUCGGAAGAACCUAGGGACUUUACAUUAGACGAUCUAGCCCUUUUAAAGGAGAUGCUACUUUCACUUGAGAAAGCAGUCGAUGAAAUACAAGUACCUAACAAAACCGAAGGAGCAACUUUUCCUCCUUCUUUCAUGUUUGAAAUUCUGGAGAAGGGUAAUAUUACAAUAACAAGUGCGAAUAUGGUUGUUUCAUUGUUAGAAAGGUUACUACAGUUCCUUGCUGUGGCUUCGCAAAAUACAAUGUUUCGCAAGGGUGCCGGCUUCGAAGUUCUAAGAGAUCUCAUCUCUGUAGUGCACUUCAAUAAAGAUGAGAAUUUGGGGAAAAUUCAUAAGAGCUUUAAAGUUCACGUUCAAUUGGAAGAGAUAAAACCACAGAAGUUUGGUGCUGGUAAAGCUGCUAAGGGAGAUGGUUGGUUAACUACUAAACUACCCGCCAGUACCAAAAAUGCCAAGAUAAUAAAUUAUUGGUGCUUUAAUCCUGGCUUUGGAAUGGAGCAAUUACUAAACAAAAACGUCCGAAGUAUUAUACUAACAAGUGGAACACUAGCCCCUUUAAAGCCCUUAAUUGCCGAAUUAGCCAUUCCUAUACAACAAACUCUGGAAAAUCCACAUAUCGUAGGAAAAUCACAAGUUUGUGUGAAAAUAGUCUCCUAUGGACCGGAUAAAGAACUUUUAAUUUCAAACUAUCAGAAUCGAGACAAUCCUAAAUAUGUAAACUCUCUCGGACGUACGAUUCUCUCUUUUUGUCCCAUUAUUCCAGAUGGUUUGUUGGUUUUCUUUCCAUCAUAUCCACUUAUGAACAAGUGUGUUGAUAGUUGGCAAGCAAGUGGCAUUUGGUCACAAAUUGCACGUCAUAAACCGAUUUUUGUUGAACCACGUUCUAAGGAAGCAUUUAACACAGCAAUGAUUGAGUUUUAUGAAAAAAUACGAGAUCCUUCAACAAAGGGGGCCAUAUUUAUGGCUGUUUGUCGUGGCAAGGUCUCCGAAGGUCUUGAUUUUGCCGAUACAAAUGGUCGUGCAGUUAUAAUAACUGGUCUGCCAUUUCCUCCUCUCAAAGAUCCACGUGUUAUUUUAAAGAAACGAUAUUUGGAUGAAAACCGAACGAAAGAGAAUGAGCUUUUAAAUGGAAAUGCAUGGUAUUCAUUAGAAGCCACGCGAGCUGUUAACCAAGCUAUUGGUCGAGUUAUUCGACAUCGCAAUGACUACGGUGCUAUUUUACUUUGUGAUUCACGUUUCAAUCAACCUGGGCAGAUAAGUCAGCUUUCCGCCUGGAUAAGAGAGCAUUUAAAAGGCUCACAACAGCAUCAGAGUUUCGGACCUGUCAUAGGUGAACUGUCACGGUUCUUUCGAAAUGCCGAGAAAACACUUCCGAAAGCAUCCAUAAGAUCUGUCGAAUCGAUAGUCACUGAAACUAUGGACGAUCCGGUCGUUAAAGUAAAACAAUUUUCAGAUCCAGCCUUAGUUCUUGAGUCAAAGAUGAAAUUUCAAAGUGCCCAUUUUGCAGCCAUUAAAAUAGAAAAUACCAACACAAUAACCAGUUGGACUCCAGAGGAUUACUCAAAAGCUAUUGGAAAGCCACGAUCAUCAGGCAUUCCGUCUGCAAGUGAUUUUAUAAGCCGCCUAGAUUCUGAUAUAACCACGAUUGAUUUUAAUGCAUCCAAUUUGAAAACAGAAGAUUCAAGUUUAGUUACUAUUCAUAAACGUGAAAGGACAUCUCCCAGCCAAACACAAACGAAUAGUGAUCCAAAGAAAAAACGUCUUAAAAUGGUUCCAAACAAUCCGAUAUCAAGUAGUACAAGUUCCAAUUUUUCUAAUCCCUCCCUGCAUUCGUUGUAUGCUUUUAAUAAACCUUCGAUAACAAAAAAUGAAGAAAAGACGCAAGAACUGCCAACACAGCAUGUUGAUCUCUUGAAAUUGAUUAAAAGCUCUCUAACUUCCGAGAACUAUUCGAAAUUUGUUAAGGCUUUGAUGUCUUAUAAAAAGGAGAGUAGUGUAACAGAUCUAUUGGCUAUACUAACUGAUGUUUUUGGAAGUCCCUCUAUGCAUUAUUUAUUGAAGGGAAUGCGGAGAUUUGUUAAAGACCAAGACAAAGUUAAGUUUGAUAGUACUAUAGAGAGGAUUGUUGGAUGAAAUCAUUGAUUGAAGGAAAGUGUUUAUGUUUAAGGUUUUGUCAUACUUAUUUUUUGUAAAUAAAGGUUAUACAAAAUUUUGUUAUUAGUUGAAGUUUUAUCUUUAAUUCAGUUGCUGAAAAUAAUAAAUUGAAUUUUUAAUACCAAGAA